CACAGGAGGAGGUUUCAAAGUACUUCUAGCAGGACUUCCAGAUUCUGGAAGAGCUUUGUUCCCUAGGCCAUCCAUCUGCCUCGCAGAGAUUCGGUUCAAGGCGUGGAAGGCAAGAGAGGAAGGCAGGGGGUGGUCCCCACCCAGCUUGGUCCAUUCUUGGGGUACAGCCGCGGGGCAAGAAGGCGGAAUCCCAUCCUUCUCUCCUGAUGUGGCAGGUCUCCCUGCAGUUUUACGGAUGCUCUUCCCUCCGUCCGUCUGAAACUCUGCCUUCGGUGGACGAAGCUUCAGCAAACCCCUCUAAAAGUUGCCGACUUUUUGGGGUGACCAUGGAGAAGGUGUUUUAUGCGCUGCUGGGAUUUCUUUUCUGCCCGUCUGCUUUGCUGGUCAAACCCUUCGUACAUUUUCACCCACUCCAGUUAAAUUUAACGGAAGGAGAGACGGCUAAGUUUACUUGUUCCAUCUCCAACCCUGAUUUGGGAAAACAUCUGGACUGGUACAAACAGGGCCACGACCGUCAGCCGGUCAAAUUGGAUGGCAGCAGCCGAAAGUACAGUUUUGCCAAACGAGACGAGCGCAGGUACGAGAUGGAAAUCAUGCAGGUGGAGAAGAACGACAGCGGGACUUACUACUGCUGGGUGAACCCCUUCCACUCCGAAGGGAUCAUGCUGGAGAGCAACCGAAGCAGCCUCAUUGUGACAGAAAACGUCGCUGCAACUGAACCUCCAGACGAGAUCGCCGGGGUCAAGGAACAGGAUGAAGGUGUACGAAAAGACACCAAGAGUUCUUUCUCUGACUUACGAGGGUCUGGAUUGUUUAUCCUGCUCGUUGUGUUAUAUUUCUCGGUGUGGUGGAUCAUCCGAAGGAGAAGACAAAAGCAAAAGGAACAGAAGCAUGGAAAUGCUCCAUUGGAAGAAGUAGAUCCUCCAGCCGUCACUGUUUUCACGGUGGAUUACGAAAUGCUGGCAUUCCCGGGAGGAACAAAGACGAAACCGGCGGCUUCUCCGAAACCCGUCCAGCGGGAACCCACGGAAUACGCCACCAUCGUCUUCCUCCCGAAGACUCCGGAGGCUGCAGAGGAGGAGGACUCCAAACAGACACCUUGCCCGGUCUGUGUGCAGCAACCUUGACCCGGCCAGUGGCUCCUUCUUUGUGGUUUCCAGGUUGCACAUCUGGGCAGAUGUUCCGAGGCCUUACCCCGAAAGCGACCGUGGGAGGCGAGAGCACCGAGUCAUUCGGGGAAACCGGGCACGUCUAAUACCGCGUCGGCUGGGAAACCACAUCCUCUGAACGGCACACAAAGGAGCGAAGGUGGCUGUCUGGGGGUCAAGGGGAAGCACUCUGCGCGGGCGCAGAGGCAAUCUCUCCCUAGGGCUGAAAAGAGAGAGAGGGUUUGCAAAGCAGGUCCUUCUCGCUUGGAGAGGAAGUCCUCGAUUUACGGCCACAAUUGUUAAGAGCCCGACGUUUCUGUUGCUGAGUGAAUUUUGCCCCGUUGGACGACUCUUCCGGCCACCCUUGUUAAGCGGAAUCCCUGCAGUUGUUAAAUGAGGAACACGGUUGUUAAGUGAAUCCGGCUUCCUCGUCGUCUUGCCUGGUCAGACGGUCGCAAAAGGGGAUCGCGUGACACCCGGGACACUACGACUGUCAUAAAUAUGAGUCAGUUGCCAAGCGGCUGAAUUUCGAUUAUGUGAUUGUGGGAAUGCUGCAACAGCUGUAAGUGUGAAAAACGGUCGUAAAUCACUUUUUUCAGAGCCGGUCACUAAACGAGAACUACUUGUAUCAUCAGGUGAAGAGGGUUAGACCCCCCCCUUAUCUUUACAGAAGCAAAAUAAAAAUAGAAAACCAAUAACAGAGAGACAGUUUGGUCUACUAUUUAAG